UACAAGAAGGUUUUUCAUUUCAAAACCCCGGGGCUGUGGAAAGAACAGAAAGUUCCUUUUUAAAAACCUAAACUUGCUCACUUUUGGCUUCAUUGUCACACCACAAAUCCGGCCUUCCACUCUUUUAUUUCUACAUUUUUGCCACCUUUUCGCCAGCUGUUUGCAGCUGGCAAGAAAGCACCCGCCCUGUUCAAGAAAAACGGACACAGAGUGAUCGGAGGAGGAGAGAGAUGCCACCCCAACCUCCCCAGCCGCAGGUGAGGAUGAAUAUCAAGAAGUUCCUCAAUAGUUUUUUGGGAGUCUUCCGGAUCAUGCAGAUUUUGUUUGGAGCCGGGCUGUGGGUCACCAUCGCCGCGCACAAAUACGAGGGAUCCAUCCACUUUGUCCUGUUCGUCGCUGUUCUGUUCUGGCUCCUCACCCUCGCCCUGUUCUUCCUCACCCUCCUGGACAAGCAGGACCUAGUCCCGGUGCUGGGCGGCGAACGUUGGUUAUGCACUAACCUGGCGCACGACGCAGCCGCCGCCGCGCUCUACCUGCCGGCCAUAGGUGUGAUGAUCUACAAGACGGAUCGCUACUCUUUCUGCAACCUGGAGCUGUACAAGCACAGCUGUCUGUACAAGGUCUACCUGACGGCCGCUGUGUUCGCCUGCUUGUGCUGCCUGGCUUACCUCGUCUCGGUUAUUUAUGGGGCGUUGAGGAAGUGUCGAGGAGAGCAAACGGUGAUCUGA